AUGAUCGUGAACUUCAGCAAGAAGAGGUGCCGGCAGGGAGGCUCCAUCAUCAGCAUCGAACACGGGGAGUUUUCGCAAGCCUUUCUGCGACUCCGGCGGGAUCUGCUCAAGAAAGAGCAGGGCAAUGGCUGCGGCAAAACAGCGCACAAACCCAAGUCUCUGAUCGACGGCAUUCGAGGGCCUGAGUCGUCUAAAACGUCGAGAGACACCUCCUCCUUGCCGUUGUUGAGCCUGCGGCGAAGCCUCCCUGGGAUGACAAGAGUCGAAGACGGCAACUUGCAUCGAGCUGUAGACGCGGACACCAUCAACCGAGCUCUGGCGAAGGUGGAUCGAGCGGCCUGGUCGUACGACCCAAGAAGAACGGUGCGGUUGACGUCGAGCGCUUUCGGACGUAUUUUUUGGGUCUUAUCGAAGAUCACGCCGAAGAAGUCGUGA